CGUGCAUAUUGUAAUCAUUUAUAGCUGACUGGAGUGAUUCCGAUUUCUUUCUUUUUGUGGCGGGCACAGUAACCGGUGCCCCGACUCCGAGGUUGAACCUGCAACCUCUUGGUUUCAGUUCCAGAUUCUGGAGUUCCACCCCGUGUGACUCACGUUAAACGUUUAUCCGCCCAACUGUCGGUAUUCUUCAGUAAUGUUGUUUUCUUAAAAUGUCCAAAUUAAGGCCGUUUAUGUGUAAGUUAAUAGAUUAUUCAAAGUAGCUAUUCACAUUGACAAUAUUAAUAGCCGCUUCGCCAAAACAUUGUUAUGACUGACUGUAUGUGAUUACAUUCGCGAAGGUACUGGAAAUUUGUGCGGAUUAUUGUGGUCUAACAUCAAAUUCUAUAGGCCCAUCCGCCGAGUUCCGAUCAUGCCCGCUUGCUGUGUUACGCGCAUGACUGCGCCCUGUAUCUGUUUUUUUUCUCUCCGUUUUGAUGUCGGCUGCGUCAGGGAUUCCGUGUGACCUUGAAAUUCUUGCCCACGAACCGUCGCAUUUUUGUGCGCUGUCUUUGAGUCAUAGCGGAAUAUCCAUUUUGUCUCCCCUAGUGGAGGAAAGGCGGGUUUACAAUGACAAAUAAAAAAAUUAGGGAUGAGCGCCAUGUCUGAUCCCGUAACUGUUGGACUUAGAAAGGGAUAGAGGAGAGCCUAACGCUCGCGACUCGGGGGGUUCCUCUCUGGGCUGGGUUCACAGGAUGUCCGAGAGCGCCGGGGUUCAGCAGGGCUCCCCGGCCGUGGGGGCGGCGGGCUCGGCUCCAGCGGCUCCCGGUGCUGGAGGAACGGAGUGCUCCGGCGCCGCUGCGGGGUCCGCGCGAAUCGCCGCGAAGAAAGCGCAACUGCGCUCCUCUCCGCGUCCAAAGAAACUGGAGAAACUCGGGGUGUAUUCCGCCUGCAAGGCAGAGGGCGGUGGGUGUAAGUGCAAUGGAUGGAAGAGCCAGAACCCCCCGCCUACCCCCCCACGCACCGACCAGCACCCCGCCUCGGCGAGCCUGAGCGAGCCCUGCCGCAGCUGCAGCCACGCCCUGGCGGAUCAUGUGACCCACCUGGAGAACGUGUCAGAGGAGGAGGUGAACAGGCUGCUGGGCAUCGCUCUGGACGUGGAUUACCUGUACACCUGCGUGCACAAGGAGGAGGACGCAGACACCAAGCAGGUGUACUUCUCUCUGUUUAAGCUCCUGAGGAAGUGCAUCCUGCAGAAGGGGAAGCCCGUGGUGGAGGGGACCCUGGAGACCCCCCCGUUUGAGAAGCCUAGCAUCGAGCAGGGGGUUAAUAACUUCGUCCAGUACAAGUUCAGCCACCUGCCCUCCAAGGAGAGGCAGACAAUCGUGGAGCUGGCCAAGAUGUUUCUGAACCAGAUAAACUACUGGCAGUUGGAGACGCCAUCCCAGAGGAGGCAGAGACCGCCAGGGGACGAUGCCGCCGGAUAUAAAGUCAACUACACCAGGUGGCUGUGCUACUGCAACGUGCCGCAGUUCUGUGACAGCCUGCCGCGCUACGAGACCACGCAGAUCUUCGGCCGCACGCUGCUGCGCUCCGUCUUCACUGUGAUGAGGAAGCAGCUGCUGGACCAGGCGCGGCAGGAGAAGGACAAGCAGCCCCCUGAGAAACGCACGCUCAUUAUUACACACUUCCCCAAAUUCCUGUCCAUGCUGGAGGAGGAGGUGUACAGUCACAGCUCCCCCAUCUGGCGGGAGGAGUUCCUUGCAGGGUCAGGCAGUGGGCAGAUGCACGCGGUGGUGAGUGCGCCCCCGGUGGUCAGACCGCUGCCCUACAGCAGCAGCCCUGCCACCGCGGAUCCGUCCGGGAGCGGCAGCGCCAGCCCGGUGCGCAAACCAGCGUCCUCGCUGGAGCCCAGCCCAGGAGAGAAGCGGAAGGCUCCGGAAGCUCUCUUGCAGGAAGAGAGCAAGAGGCCGAGAGUGAUGGGGGACAUCCCCAUGGAGCUGAUCAACGAGGUCAUGUCCACCAUCACUGACCCCGCCUCCAUGCUGGGACCAGAGGCCAGUCUGCACUCUGCGCGGGACGAGGCAGCGCGGCUGGAGGAGAACAGGGGGGUGAUAGAGUUCCAUGUCAUCGGGAACUCGCUCAAUCAGAAGCCCAAUAAGAAGAUGAUGAUGUGGCUGGUGGGGCUGCAGAAUGUCUUCUCCCACCAGCUGCCCCGCAUGCCCAAACAGUACAUCACCAGGCUGGUGUUCGACCCGAAACACAAGACGCUGUCGUUGAUCAAAGAUGGGCGGGUGAUUGGAGGAAUCUGCUUCCGGAUGUUUCCGUCCCAGGGAUUCACUGAGAUCGUCUUCUGCGCAGUCACCUCCAACGAGCAGGUCAAGGGCUAUGGCACUCACCUGAUGAACCACCUGAAAGAAUACCACAUCAAACACGACAUCCUCAACUUCCUCACCUACGCAGACGAGUACGCCAUCGGCUACUUCAAGAAACAGGGUUUCUCCAAAGACAUAAAGGUUCCUAAAGCCAAGUAUGUCGGCUACAUAAAGGACUAUGAAGGAGCCACACUAAUGGGCUGUGAGCUGAAUCCCAGCAUCCCGUACACCGAGUUCUCCGUCAUCAUCAAGAAACAGAAGGAGAUCAUUAAGAAGCUGAUUGAGAGGAAGCAGGCUCAGAUUCGGAAGGUGUACCCCGGUCUCUCCUGUUUUAAGGAGGGUGUUCGGCAGAUCCCCAUCGAGAGCAUCCCGGGCAUACGAGAAACUGGCUGGAAACCUGCUGGAAAAGGGAAGGAGCUGAAGGACCCAGACCAGCUUUACGCCAUGCUGAAGAGCAUCCUGCAGCAGGUCAAGGGUCAUCAGAAUGCGUGGCCAUUCAUGGAGCCCGUGAAAAAAACAGAAGCUCCGGGGUACUACCAGGUUAUCCGAUUCCCCAUGGACCUGAAGACGAUGAGCGAACGGCUGAAGAGCCGGUACUACACCACCAGGAAGCUGUUCAUGGCCGACAUGCAGCGCAUCUUCACCAACUGCCGCGAAUACAACCCCCCCGAAAGCAAGUACUACAAGUGCGCCAACCUGCUGGAGAAGUUCUUCUACACCAAGAUCAAGGAGGCUGGACUGAUUGAAAAGUAACGGGGGCCUCCAAGCAUGGCUCGAACUCAGAACCUGGAGCUGGAACCGGAAACAGAACCGGAACCAGAACCAGAACUGGAGCUGCAGAGUUUCCCUGCUUCAGCUGUUUUUCCUUCUUGUUUUGAGGAACGGAUGUGGCACACCGAUCCAGUGUGGGGCAGGAGCAUUGGAGUGCGCCAUCUUCUCUCUCUCUCUCUCUCUCUCUCUCUUUCAUUCUCUUUCUUUUUCUCUCUUUCUCUGUCCACUAACUCAGGAAAAAAACAAACGCAAGCCCACAGAUUCACAGGCCAGCUGAUCCAGCGGGGUUCAGGAUGUCGGUCCGGCGUAGUGCUGAUCCCCUCAGCGGGGGGUUCCAGCGCCCAAAAACACUCGGCCCGUCCUAACCGCUAUCACCGUGGAAACGGAACUCAGUGGUCCGUAGUACAGUGUGUGUAUGUGUGUAUGUGUGUGUGCGUACGUGUGUGUGUAUGUGUGUGUCCAAGAAAUAUGGUGUCCCAGAAUUCUUCAGUGUUUACAGGUCAAAGGUCAUGUGUUGGUUUAUCAGAGUUCCACCUGCCAAAAAAGAGGAUAUUUUAAACAGGUCUGCCUGGAAAGAAUUUCAAAAGAAAAAAUGAGCAGCUCUUAUCUUCUUGUUUCCGAUGGUUUAGUUUCAUUUUGUUUGUAACUGACGUUUUUUGAAAAACACUUUUGCCCCAUAAUCUCAUAUUUCUGAAUAAGCAAAGGCCUGUCUGCAACAGGUAGAUGAAUUGCACUUAUCAUAACGGCAAAUAUGCAGCAAAAAUAGUAAAUAAUAGCAUUUUCUUUGAAAAAAAAACAACUAAUGCACGCUUUGCCUAUUAAUUUAAUUAUGUAGAGUAUAAUUAUUUAUGUGCCGUAAUUUUUCAAGGUUUGUCAGUAUAAUGUCCAGAAAAGGUCUUAAUUUAUUCUGUCUUAUUGUCUACCCUGCAGAAGAAUACUGAUACGUUUGUAUUUUGAAAAAAAAAAGAUUGUGCAAUGAUUAGUAGUUUUGUCGUUUUGUAUGUUUGUACUUUUAAAUAUUUAGGAAUAUAUGGCUUUUGUAUUACGUGGAAAAAAGAUAUUUUAAGACCUUUCUACAUUUGGUUCUAAAGGGUAUAGCAUAUUUUAUAGAAUGAUUAAAAUAGACCAAGCGCAGCA